AUGUCAGAACUAGAGUUUGAGGAGCUCAAAGGUUUUAUGGAUUUGGGGUUCGUCUUCACUGAGGAAGACAAGGAUUCUUCAAGACUGGUUUCCAUAAUUCCCGGCUUGCAAAGGCUAGCAAGUUGUGAAGAAGAAGAUGUUAGAGAUUAUCAGAAGGAGGAGGAGGAGGAGGAGGAUCAUGGGGUGGUUUCAAGGCGGCCUUAUCUGUCCGAGGCUUGGGAUGUUUUGGAUCAAAGAAAGAAAGAGAACCAAAUGUUGAUGAAGGGGAGAAUACCUGCUGCUACUAAUUUAGGUAAGGACAUGAAGCAUCAUCUCAGGUUCUGGGCUCAUUCAGUUGCAUCAUCUGUAAGAUAA